AUGCCCGGCACCCAGCACACCCUAGUUCAUUCGGCCCUCAUAGCGCCUUGUGGCCUCGUUGGAAGCCAAGAAAAUACAACGUUAAAGAAAAACUGCACAGCCAUGACUGAGUUUAUUUUCCUGGGACUGACAGAGGGAGCUGAGUUGUGACCUGACUUUUGUGUUGUAUUCUUAGUCAUCUACCUUAUUACAGAAACCGACAAUGUGAGCAUGAUUUUGUUAAGCAUAAGUGACUCAAAACUCCAUCCAAUGUACUUCUUCCUCAGUCACCCUGCCUUCGUGGAUCUCUGUGAUACCACCGAGGUCACUCCUAAGAUGCUGGCUCAUUUCUUACCCAAGAGAAAAACCAUUUCCGUCAUUGGCUGCUUUUUACAAUUCCACUUUUUCAUUGUCCUGGUAAUCACAAAUUAUUAUAUGCUUACAGUGAUGGUUUAUUACCACUGCAUGGCCAUCUGCAAGCCCUUGUUAUAUGGUAACAAAGGGUCCAGAUGUGCCUGUCUCUCCCUGGUUGGUCUUCCAUAUAUAAAUAUAAAUAUAAAUAAAUAUGCACAGAACAUCCUGAUGCUUCAUCUGUUUUUCUGACCCAAUGAGAUCAACCACUUUUACUGUGCGGACCCACCUCUCUUAGUCCUCGCCUGCUCAGAUACUUAUAUCAAAGAAAUUGCCAUGUUUGUGGAACCACACUGUCUUUUGAAACUUGAAUAUAUUUUACAGGGCAUUAAACAAAAAUGUUGGAAUUUUAAGCUUUUAACUCAAGUUUCUUCUUUAAAGAUGGAUAACAAAGGCUGCAGAAGGGAUUAUAUUGUUAUUGGCAAUAAUUCCUAG